UGCUAUUGGCUUACUUGUAUGUCACUUAUACACUGGCUACAGCAAGUCAACCAUUCAGAAUUUAGAAAGAGGAUGGUCUAUUCAGUUAGGCUACUACCCGUAAUUUGAAGUGGCUACUGUAGCAUGCAUGGAACUAAAUUUACAGUUCAUAAGUAUCUUGUAUGUUAAAUGUCACAACGCUCGAUUUGAGAAAUCGUUCCCACCGGUUGAGAAAACAAAAACGUGUUGAAUUCAGUGCGUUUUUGGAACACGAGCAAUGGAAGAGUUGAGCGAGUCUUCACCCGCUUUAGCGUUCGAGAAGGAAGCAUUUGAGCUGACAGUGGAAGAUGUUUAUGACAUUUCAUACGUGAUUGGCAGAGAUUUGCUGAAAAUAAGUCAUACAGGUGAGGAAGUCUCUGAUUUGCAAUUCAAAAUUGUCCGGGUUUUGGAGAUGUUUGAAACUUUAGUGAAUAAGUACAACCUGUCACUGGAGGAGCUGAAAAUGGAACGAGACAACUUGAAGAGUGAACUGGAUAGAAUCGUGAGAGAAAGUUCUGCCGGGCAGGAAGCGGUGAGUUUGAUCUUUUCAAACCAGGAAACUUUGUAACUGUGGUCAAAAUCGAUAACUUUACAUUUUCCAUAAAUUGGUUAUUCUCUAACUGGACUACGUCUGUCAGGGUAUGUUCAAGGAUGUUCCGUAGAGUUUCACUGGGUCGCUAUACACUACUGUGCAACAUACAGUUGUGGAGUCUUUUGUUAUACGUUUAUCCCUUUAAUCAAUAUGUUCUCAGCAAACACUAGGACCAAACAAACUGGUGGUGGACUUGAAAGAUCCCAAUAGACCACGCUUCACAAUGCAGGAGCUGAAGGAGGUGCUUCAGGAGAGGAACCAGCUCAAGGCCCAGCUACUGGUGGCACAAGAAGAGUUACAGCUCUACAAGAGGUAGAAUACACAUCCAGACUUGACCAGUCCCCACAACCCACACACAUAUUUCAUGUAGUGAUUUGUUGUACUUGCAGUGGGAUGCUGCCACAGGGCGAGCAAGCAAUGGUAGAGGUUGACCUAGUAUCUCCAUCCCCUUCGAACCCCGUUUCUGACACAACAGAUGAGACUAAAGAAGAGGAACCUAAUGAAGGAAUGACCACCAUCAGAAAGCUGUGAGCAAUUAGCUUCUUUCACCACCUAACUUUGCAUAAUCAUAGUGAAUUGCGAGAAGAGCAUGCAGUUUGAAAAGGUUUAUUUACACCCUGAAAACAAGUAUUUCAGAGACAACCAUAGUAUCACACAGUAGACAACCAUGUGUAGUUUGUUCUCACGGUCUGUCUCUGCCCUCGUAAUGACCCGCUUGUGACUGGCUGGCUGUGUUUGUGCUGAUGCUGUGUGAUUGGGAGAAUCUGAAUGAAGAGGGGGAAAGAGAGAGCUGAUGCCACUUCACGAAGCCAGCUUCACUGCUGUUGUCAGUAUUGUUAUUGUCUGUCUGACGUGACUCAGUCAAGCCUCAGCAGACACUGCAAAUUCACGCAAUCUCCUUCACCUCCUCUGUUAAGACUAGUAACUUCCAGGGACCUACAUUGUGUUGGCAAGCUUACUCUAAAAAUAGAUUAUGAACUAAUUCUUAUUUCUUUUUGUAGGUUUUCAUUCAGACGGAAAUAAGGACAACCUGUGAGAACAAGGACCUAAGGCAUUAAUAAUAUUAACGAUGAACCAAAACAUUUAUGCACAUGCUUUCUAUUAAUUCUUUGUAUUAGAUCAGUUAUUUUCGGUAAUGAAUGAAUGUUUUUAACUGUGGAAUAAUUUUGGCUUUUUAAAUGAUAUCUCAGCGUUGUCUUUUUAUAGAUUUGUCUUAACUGUUGUCAUUAAUACAGUUAUGGGAAAAUAACUAUGCACAUUUAGGUCAAAUAACAUGGUACAGACCAAUGAUUUAUACAGUGCGUUUGGAAAGUAUUCAGACCCCUU